GUACCAAAGGGCAAGAGAUUUUACAGCAUUCGCAAAGCUCGAUUCUUGCUGCAUCUACGAAGAAGAAACAGUGCUCAAAUCCCUCAAAGACUAUCAAAGAUCCAUAUUUGAUUGGUCUCCAUAACCUACUUACACAAAGAAAAUGGAUCUCAACCAGCCUCCAGUUGAAAAUUACGCUAAUCCGAAGACGUGCUUCUUUCAUGUUCUCUUCAAGGCGGCGGCUUUGGCCUUUUACAUACUCUCUGCCCUCUUCUUUGACAACUUUGUUAUCAUCUUUGUGGUGACUGUCCUUCUCGCUGCUCUUGACUUUUGGGUAGUCAAGAAUGUGAGUGGUCGUAUUUUAGUUGGUCUGAGGUGGUGGAAUGAGAUAAAUGAUCUCGGUGAGAGUGUGUGGAAGUUUGAGUGCCUUGAUCAAGAGUCACUGGCCCGGAUUAACAAGAAAGACUCGUGGCUAUUCUGGUGGACUCUUUAUCUCUCGGCAAUUGCAUGGAUUGUUCUUGGAAUAUUUUCUCUCAUAAGGUUCCAGGCUGAUUAUCUCCUGGUUGUUGGAGUUUGUUUGACCCUCAGUAUUGCAAAUAUUGUUGGCUUUACCAAAUGUCGCAAAGGUAGCCGACCCCAAGCUUUUGAGAUAAAGGCUUUGAUGAUGAAGAUGCAAAGAAGCAGCUUCAAGCAUUCGCUUCUCAGACCAUUGCGUCUCGAGUUACAUCCACUAUACAGUCUGCAUUCAGUGUUGUGUGAGAGUCAUUAUAGAAGAUGGAACAAAGAUGAGGAAAUGAAUUCACGGGAUGGAUGCCAGAGAAAGUGGACAUGGCAUUGUAAAAAUUUUGUCAUUUUUUGAGUUGGUGUUAUGUUCCAAUUGCUGUAGUCUGUAAAGAUGCAAUUAGAUAUUCUCUUUACAACCACUGGAUUUAUAUGGAUUUGUAGAAUGGACUAUGAAACAAAACUUCACGGCAAACUGUAUCGUCAAAGUUGCAUAUCCUAAAUGAGAGCUCGGGCACAAUUGUUUUCCAUUGUUGCCUGUUGGUGUCAA